GAAAACUGGUUUGGUUUAAUCCACUAGAGACGGCAUUGCGUGAAGUUUCUGCAUUGAGUUGUGCAUUUUCUUGACAGUGAAGACUGGAAGGCCUGUGUGUGACGAUGCCGGACGUGGAAUCAGAGAGUAGCACCCAGCCGGAGGCCAUGGAGGAGGAAGAGCCUCUCUUCAGUAACCUGGACCUCUUCCUCUUCACCCUCAUCGCCGGCCUCAUCAUCUACUGGUUCAUGUCCCGCAAGAAGGCCGAGCCCAUCCCCGAGUUCAAGAAGCUCGACCAACCAGCACCUUCUACUCGAGAGACUAGUUUUAUUGAGAAGAUGAAGAAAACAGGUAGGAACAUUGUGGUAUUCUACGGCUCUCAGACAGGCACGAGCGAGGAGUUUGCCAACCGGCUGUCCAAAGACGCCCAGCGCUACGGUAUGAAGGGUAUGGCUGCCGACCCCGAAGAAUACGACAUGUGUGAGCUGUCCCGUCUGGCUGAGAUUGAAAACUCCCUGGCCAUCUUCUGCAUGGCCACGUACGGAGAGGGAGACCCCACGGACAAUGCCCAGGACUUCUAUGACUGGCUGCAGGAGAGUGAUGGGGAACUGAAUGGAGUCAACUACACAGUGUUUGCGUUGGGUAACAAGACAUAUGAACACUACAAUGCCAUGGGAGCGUAUGUGGACAAGAGGCUGGAGGAGCUGGGAGCCAAGAGGGUCUUCGACCUGGGCAUGGGAGACGACGACGGCAACCUGGAGGAGGACUUUGUGACAUGGAGGGAGCAGUUCUGGCCAGCCAUGUGCGAGCACUUUGGAGUGGAGGCUUCAGGAGAGGACUCCAGCAUUCGUCAGUACGAGCUCAAGGAGCACAAUGACAUCAACAUGAACAAGGUGUACACAGGAGAGUUGGGGUGUCUGAAGAGCUUUGAGACCCAGAAACCGCCUUUUGAUGCAAAAAACCCCUUCCUGGCUCCAGUCAUUGUUAACCGCAAGCUCAACAAAGCAGGCAACAGGCAUCUCAUGCACCUUGAAGUCGACAUUACAGGCUCCAAGAUUAGAUAUGAGUCGGGAGACCACGUUGCCGUAUAUCCCACCAAUGACACAGCGAUCGUGAACAAGCUGGGACAGAUCCUUGGCGUGGACCUUGAUACGGUUAUUUCUCUCAACAACCUUGACGAGGAGUCCAAUAAGAAGCACCCAUUCCCUUGCCCCACCACCUACCGUACGGCUCUGACCCACUACCUGGACAUCAUCCAUCCGCCUCGCACCAACGUCCUGUACGAGCUGGCCCAGUACGCCACCGACCCCAAGGACCAGGAGAACAUGCACAAGAUGGCCUCGUCUGCUCCCGAGGGCAAGGCUCUGUACCAGAGAUUUGUGCUGGAAGACAACAGGAACAUCCUGGCCAUCCUGGAGGAUCUGCCAUCCUUGCGGCCUCCCAUCGACCACUUGUGUGAGCUCAUGCCCCGCCUGCAGGCUCGCUACUACUCCAUUGCCUCCUCCUCCAAAGUCCACCCCAAUAGCAUCCACAUCUGUGCUGUGCUAGUGGAGUACACGACUAAAACGGGGCGCCUCACCAAGGGAGUGGCCACCACUUGGCUGAAGAACAAACUGGUUGCGGACAACGGCCACAAGUCCACAGUCCCCAUGUACAUUCGCAAGUCUCAGUUCCGCCUGCCCUUCAAGGCCAGCAACCCAGUCAUCAUGGUCGGUCCUGGGACCGGCAUCGCUCCCUUCAUGGGCUUCAUCCAGGAGCGAGGGUGGCUGAAACAGCAAGGCAAGGAGGUGGGGGAGACGGUCUUGUACUUUGGCUGCAGGCACAAGAACGAGGACUAUCUGUACCAGGAGGAGUUGGAGGACGCUGAGAAAACGGGUGUCAUCACGAAGCUCAACGUCGCUUUCUCUCGGGACCAGGAGCAAAAGGUAUACGUGCAGCAUCUCCUGAGGACCAACAAGGAGGACCUGUGGAGGCAGAUCCACACAGACAACGCACACAUAUACAUCUGCGGGGAUGCGCGGAACAUGGCCAGGGAUGUGCAGACAGCUUUCUAUGAGAUAGCAGAGGAGCUGGGCGGCAUGACACGCACUCAGGCCACCGACUACAUCAAGAAACUGAUGACCAAGGGACGGUACUCGCAGGACGUCUGGAGCUAAAACCCCUAGGAUCCAACCACAUCCUAUAUUUGUUUGCAUUGUUAUUUGUGCCAGUUUGUGUCAGUAAUGGUUAUAAUGGGUCACCAACCCUGGUACUGGAGAGCUACCGGGUGUGCCGGCUUUUGUUCCCGCCAAGCACAAAAACAUCUUCUAUUGAUUGGCUUAUCAUCAUGACCUUGAUUAGUUCAGAUGGGUGUGUUUGUGCCGUGCUGGAAUAAAAGCCUACACACCCUGUAGCUCUCCGGGACCAAGAUUUGUGAUCACCGGGGAAGGAUAUCACUGCCGUCAUCAUUGGUUGUUUUAUUUCCAUGGAGCAACACAAGCCUUCAUGCACCACAAUAAUGGUUGGUUAUCCUCCAUUCUGAUUUGAUAUUUCAUGUCAGUCGGCCAUCAGUUUGGCAGUGUCAAAUGUAGCAUCACAUUUGUCGACAUCGUGAGUGAGAUGAUAUAUUGUAGCUGUACAUAAUUGUACGGUGCAAAGUGGAGGGGGCUUAAAUACAAAACUCAUACGGUGCAAGUCUUUUCUUUAGGAAGUUGACCUAAUCUGGGUAUUCAGAAUACAUUAUAAAUAUUUUGAUUUGUGAAAUAAAAAGUGACAUCUUUUUGUCUCUGAAAUCAGUCACUGAAAAUAUUAGUGUUUGUUUACCUUUUGCAUUUGGAUAAGGGAUAUUUAGCCUUUUAUGCAAUGAGGAUGUUACUGUACAUUUCUAAUAAAUCACAGUAACCUUUAGCAAGGCAUGAAAAAAGUAUCAUGGUGUAAUUAAGUAGUCAAUCCCUCUAAUGAGGAGAAAUUCUUAGCUUUUAUUUUCCAUGAGACUGCCUUUCUAAAUAUCAAUGAAAAUUAUUUUUAGGUUCCCUGUAGAAUUUGUAUACCUGAUGCAAAUGUAAAAACAUAUUUUUAAAAAUUUUACCUUUAUUUAACCAGGUAGGCCAGGUUAACAAGUUCUUAUUUACAACUGCCACUUGGCCAAGAUAAAGCAAAGCAGUGCGACAAAAACAACACAGUUACACAUAAACGUACAGUCAAUAACACAAUAGAAAAAUCUAUGUACAGUGUGUGCAAAUGUAGAAGAGUAAGGGGGUAAGGCAAUAAAUAGGCCAUAGAGGUGAAAUAAUUACAAGUACAAUUUAUCACUAACACUGGAGUGAUAGAUGUGCAAGUAGUAAUAAUAUGGGGAUGAGGUAGUUGGGUGUGCGAUUUACAGGUUGGCUGUGUACAGUGAUCGGUAAGCUGCUCUGACAGCAGAUGUUUAAAGUUAGAGAGGGAGAUCAGCUUCAGUGAUUUUUGCAAUUUGUUCCAGUCAUUGGCAUUAGAGAACUGGAAGGAAAGGCGGCCAAAGGAAGUGUUGGCUUUGGGGAUGACCAGUGAAAUAUACCUGCUGGAGCGCGUGCUAGGGGUUGGUGCUGCUAUGAUGACCAGUACACUUAGAUAAGGUGGGGCUUUACAAAUACUUAUAGAUGACCUGGAGCCAGUGGGUUUGGCAACGAAUAUGUAGUGGCCAGCCAAGGAGAGCAUACCGGUCGCAGUGGUGGGUAGUAUAUGGGGCUUUGGUGACAAAACGGAUGGCAAUGCAAAUGGUUGACAUAGAAAAAACAAGUAAGCCUGGAGGGGGGGGGAUGAGUAAAUAAUAUGCAUAUCUCUACUUAAAUACUCGGCAGGGUAGCCUAGUGGUUAUAGCGUUGGACUAGUAACCGAAAGGUUGUAAGUUCAAAUCCCCGAGCUGACAAGGUACAAAUUUGUCUUUCUGCCCCUGAACAGGCAGUUAACCCACUGUUCCUAGGCCGUCAUUGAAAAUAAGAAUUUGUUCUUAACUGACUUAGGUAAAAUCACACUUAUGUGACGGAUGCUGCUCAAACUUGUUGAGAUUUACUUUCUACCACCUCUUUUCAACUGUCGCCCAUUUAAAUUUGGCAUCCCUUUGUUCACUUCACUGACAUUUUUCAAAAAUAUUGGAGAGAAACCAUGUUCUGUGAAGACAUAGAUUCCAUUCCUGUUACUUUUUUGUCCACAUUCCAUUUUAUACAGUAAUACGUGUCUCAACUGAAUGAAUGUAACUUGGCAUCUCUUUUUAAAAUGAAUAAAAAAUAUUAAAUAGUCAA